CUUGAGGUCGACAGAGGCGAAAGUAUUGCAUCCACUUUUCGUGUCCCGUGUGUAUUCUGUCCCAUGAUGUGAUAGUGGGCGAGUUAUCACUAUUCGGGCACAAAAUACCAAGUUUAUACUGAGGAGAAAAACCAUACUCGAUCCAGGAAUUGUACCGGAGACCUCAGCGUGUAAUUCAUACUGCAGCAUAACUAUACAACCCAGGCAGUUGCAGUUAAUGGCACUAUAGAUAUAUUACACAACAGAUAGUGCAUUUGACGCCGACUGAUCAGUCGUUCCAAGGAUUUAGGUCGCGGCGCACAAUAAUACCGCGUGGACAGAUUACAAUUUGUAUUGAAUGGAAAUUGCGACACGAUUUAAAUUCCUGAACUGAUCUUUGAUUUCGUCGAAACAAUAAAUCGAAAUACGUCUUGCUAACUAUACAAAAUUUAAAUUGAAAUCCAAUUUCAAACAAGCAAAAGCGCCAGAGGUGGAAAUUAAAUCGUAUAAAACAAUAAUAAUGCAAGAUCCUCUACAACUGUUGCCGGUGGAGAAAUGGUCGGAGUUACAGAGAGUGUUCAAAUCCGACUGGCCCCGGGGCAUGCCCGCGUACUACACGCUAGAGACGCAGAAGCGUUGGUUGGAGCAAGGGUUCUAUUACGGCUUCAAAGUUUAUUGUCCUUACGGGGAUUUGUGGAAUGGCAUGGUCGGCAUCAAUGAGAAGGAAGGCCUUUAUGAAAUCAUGAUACUGUGUCCCAGAGACGACACGGAAAAAUUAGGAGAAGCCCUCAAGAGAACUAAAAUAAUAAACUGGAACAGAACUAUUUUAGUGCCGUUCGCGCCAGACCACGUUGUUACUUGCGUUAAUGGAGUUAUAGGCGAUUUUGGUGUGAAAAUAACAACUACGAUACCUUCUCUGUUCCAUUAUUUAGAUAAAACCAAACCAAAAUUUGACGUGAGUAUACCACCUGCCAUCACUUUUGACUACCUAAAAGAAGAUCAUAUAGAACUCAUCAACAGCAAAUGGCCACAUCGGUACCCAGGGUCUGAAUGGUACUUUAACCAGCUCAUAGUCUCUAAAAAUGGUUAUGGAUUAUACCAAAACGACAAUCUAGUCGCCUGGAUAUUUAUCAACGAGAUGGGAGCCCUCGGACAUCUAUUCGUUCUAGAAGAUUUUAGAAAGAAGGGAUUUGCAGAGUUAAUAUUAAAGCUGCUCUGUAAUAUAAUGCUUGAGGAUGGAAAGGAUGCAUUUGUUUUCUGCGUGGAAGGCAACAAAGGAGCCUGCAAUUUGUACAAAAAACUGGGUUUUACGUUAUCCCAAAGUGUAACGUGGUUCUUUAUGAAUAAAACUAAUAAUAAUUGAAAUAACUGAAUUUCAUUAUAUUUUUUUAAUUGUGAAAA